GACGUGAGCUCUGCCACCAAAUAGACUAUCAGCUGCUAAGUGAAAGAGCUCUACCAUGUAAGGAUUUACAAAAUAACUCUCGCCAAGUACACCGCCCGACAGCAGGGGGACUUGCCGUUGGAGUGGCAUUGCCUGGCUUUCCUUCGUUAGUCUCUGUAUGACGCUGCUUUGUAAAACAUUCGGCUGCGCUUUCACUCCACAAGCAUCAUGGUAACUCUGGCGAAAUUAACUUGGACGGACUCUGAGGGAGGCCUCAGCGCUAGCGUUCAGUCUUUGCGGGCCGAGGUCCUUGCGCUUGGAGACCGUCUUUCUAUUGUUGAAUCCGAGGCCACAGAUUUCAGGAAGGUGGUCUUCCGCUGCGUCAUGGCGAGGUGCACAAGAGAGUCCAUGCGGAACUUGGAUAACAGGCGGCUGAAUAGCGGCAGGAAGAUUGCCCAAGUACAGAAGCCAGCGGGCCUGGUUUGUAGGGCGUCGCCUGGGCUUCGCGGACUUGCUGGGCAAGGGCCCCCCGCUCGCCCCCGAACCCACCACGACGCCGGCAACCACGCAGCGCAUCGCCCCCAGCCGGGGCGAUCAUCAGCCGCAUCGUUGGGGAGGGAAGCGAGUCCUUACGCCGGCUGUGGGACGUUGCCUACCGCUGAAUUCAGCAAGCCAUGAUGGCAACAUACCCUCGCGUGCUGCGGUGCGUGUGUGGGGCUUCUGCCAAAUGUGCCACUCUGAUGGAGCUGCGGGCGCUGCUGGACGGCCGCGCCGCCGCCUCCGUGAUCGAGGGCCGUUGGGAGCGCGGCCUGGGCCCGGUGGCCACAGUCCUCGUGCGGGGCGGGGCGCUGCAGGCUGCUGUCGUGUGCUGUCCGGCGAGGUGGCGGCCAGCAGCAGCGCCGUCCACGUAUGGCGCGUGUUGCGCGGCGGCGGCGGCCAGCAGCAGGUGGUGUGGGAGGUGUGGGCCAUGCACCAGCCUGCGCCGCCACAAGGAGUGCAGGUGUGCAACCGCUGCGGCACUCCGGGGAGCGCGAUGUCAACAGCGCCUGCAACAUGCUGCUGCUGCUGCUCCACGUCAGCAACCGGACAACCGGCCGGCGAUGUUCCGUCGGGGCGAUGGAGGUGGAGCUAUAGGUGGCGAGGAGCGAGGAGGAGGAGGGGCCGUUCUACGAAGGGGAGGUGGGCUGCUGAGCAGCAAAAGCGAACAGCUGCCAGGUUGCGGAGUUACAAGCUUGGAGGCUGCUGUGUUGCAGGCAGGCGGGUCCCUAGCGUGUUGGCGUUGUCUAGAGAAUUGUCGAGGGCGUGUAUUUGGACACCAAUCAGCCGCCAGGGGCCCGCUGCAGUGAUGUUCGCGGUCGUAUACUGUCUGUUUGGCGGCCAGGAGGGCUGGCGUUUCGUCCCCGGGGGCAAGCAAUGCCAAGCGGAGACCCAUGACCCAAUUCGGAUGUUGAUGCGUGGGGGUAAGACACACACGAAUGUU